AUGGAGAUCAAGUGUGAUCGCGCCAUGUUCGACAUUUUCCUGACUUUUCUGCGCCGCCCCCGACCGCGAGACACUGUUACGCGUCACUUACCGCCUCGUGUACUCGCUAGCACAGAGCAGCUCACACCCUCAACGGCCCACCGCGCAAGAACGACCGCCCAACCUUCCACCCUACCUUCCGACGCUCCGGCGACGGCAUCCCGUGCCCGAACAAGGAAAGGCGGAAGAUGCAACCUAACCUUCCCUCCCUCCCUCCUUCCCUCCAAUAUCUUCCUCCUCUCUUCUAACUUACUUCCCAUGAUUGAUUCGCAGUCGUUGUUUGGUCUCGUCCUCUCCUUUGACUUUAUUGCCUUCACAGGAAUACCAUUGCUACGAGCGAGUCCCCGCACUCACCCUUCCACGUACGAGUUGCUGAUCCCUUCACAGAUUCCUUCCUUCUCCCACCACCACCACCACAGCAAGUCAUUGGCACGCACGCGCACCAUCAAUCGACACCAAACGCACUCUCGUGCGUGCUACGCUGUACACGAUCGUUGGGCUGGCCUCGAUGACGGCGCUCCUCGUCGUCCUCGUUCGGCCCCAACGAUUUCCUCCCCGCCCUCGGUGAUGAUGACCUCACCUGCCUCACGCUGCUUGCUCGGCGACGACGUGCAAGCCCUCGUCGCCGUCUUCGACCUGCUCAAAAGCAGAUUUACUGCGAGCAUCGUCUGCGCCCCUGCGGCGCCAUUCCACAGCCCACCCUCGACGUUGUCCUCACCCAACCCCACUCACCCAUACCUACCCGCUCGCCGCGCCUCGUGUCUCGCCCUCACCCUUCAAUGCGGCCGCCGAACCGCCCCUCCCUAUUACUUUAUCAUCGAGGGUGGGGGUCCGUCGCCUUUCUCGGGCGAUCUCGAAGGGGGUGAUACGAGGUAUGCGAAGAGGGUGGGGCACCCUCUCCCCACGCCACCCCUUGUCGCCCUUACCCCCGACGGUCGUCGAGCAGCGGUGCGGGGUGUGGGUCCCUGUGUGACUGGCACGCGCGUGCUCGCGUAUGAGAGUGAUGCGAAAGGGGGUGGGGGCCCAUCCCCUUCCUUCCCCCUUGUCGAACCGGGGCAGGGGGAGCUAUCCCCCAUCGCGUUCAGACGAUUUUUCUCGACCCCCCUAACCGCCGGAGGCCUGUGUGCGCCCCCUCGGCGAGUUGGUGCGAUGAAGGAGGGGGUCCUCUCACCCCACCCCCUCCCCCCUCCCCCUCGUCUUGGCGUCGCCCGUGAGGGUCACGGGGAGGUUGCGAAGGGGUUGCGCACCCCCUUUCUGCGUCGAGGAAGGCUCGAAGACGAGGGGAGGAGCGUCGGUGAGUUCUAUUCACAAAAGGAAGAGUUGAAGGCUGUCAAUGCGGGGGGUGUCCCCUUUCCCGGAAUGAAAGCCCCCCUUCGUCCUGUGUCGCCCCCCUCGUCCUGCGCCACCCCCCACCUCCCGCCUCAUCGUUAUGCUGACCCCUUUCUCAGGUUUAUCACUGAUUCUCGGCCGCCAGAGGCGUGCAUUCACCCCCUCGGCGAGUUGAUGCGAAGAGGGAAGGGGUCCUCCCUUCCCCCUCUCCCCAAUCUCGCAAGCCUACCCACCCCUCCUCCCCCUUUGUCUCGCCGCGCCGGGGUCGAUGGCGUGUACCCCUCGUUCACGUCAGAAAAGGACUUGAAGGGGGGAGGGGAGGGGAGGAGUAUCGCACCCCCUCGUCGUGCACCACCGCUCCCUCCCGCCUCAUACGACGAGUUGAAGCGCGCUGACAUUUUUUGUUGGGUUCUUUUCGUCCGGAGGCAUGCCUCGCGCCCUCGUCGAGCGAGUGCGACGAGGGUGAGCUACCCUUCCCACCCCACGCAUAUCCCCACCCCUCAACGCUACGAAGGUGCGAUAGGGGGUGGGAGCAUCGAGUCAUCGCAGAGAUCUCCUGAUGAUAUUCCCUCCCCACCUCCCCCCUUCGCUAUCCACGAAGGUGGGGAACUCGGAUCGGGCGAGAGGGUGGCCCGAAGGCGCUGA